ACCAAAUCCACAGCAGUGCCUUUCACCCUCUGCCCAAUAAAUACAUAAAUCGACCCUCCAACCCUCUUAGCUAACUUUGAAAUGAAUUUCUCUUAACCACCAAACCACUGUUCGAAUUUGCAUUAACUCUUGCUGUUGCUUCUUCAACUCUCAUUUUAUUGUCUCUGAAAAAGAGAAAUGGUUUCUGUUGGAGAUUCCAGUUCAAGCAGGUCUCCGUUGGGUCGAAACAUUUGCACUCAAGGUUCGGCUUCGACUUCGACGGCUAAAAACGACCGACACACAACUGGUCGUUCCAUGCGUACGAUACGCUCCAAUUUCUACCAAAACGACGACAGCAGCUGCUCCUUUACUAGCUCCGUCCCCCAAAGGUCCGGAUGUGUCUCCGAAAACCUCACCGAAUCCGUCAUCGACAUGCGUCUCGGUCAACUGGCUUCCAAGAGCAACGCCAAAUCUGUUAAGUCCGACUCAGAAACCGAGGGCUUUUUAGACAUUUCUCAAGCCUUCAGCGAUUUCUCGGCUUGUAGCAGCGACAUCUCCGGUGAGUUGCAGCGGUUGGCUACCUUGCCCUCGCUCGAAAACGCCUUGGUAAAUGAGAGCGGCAAUGGAGCUGUGUGUGAACCGGAGCCGUGCCAAGGCUUUCUGCAGAGAGAGAAUUUCUCGACGGAAAUUAUCGAGAGUAUUUCACCGGAGGAUCUUCAACCGACGGUCAAGAUCUGCAUCGACGGCCUCCAAUCACCGUCCAUUGCCGUGAAGCGAUCGGCUGCGGCUAAGCUGAGACUGCUAGCGAAGAACCGCGUGGAUAACCGUGAGUUAAUCGGAGAAUCCGGUGCGAUCCCUGCUCUCACUUCGCUCCUUCGGAACACCGAUCCAUGGACUCAAGAGCACGCAGUGACCGCGUUGCUAAAUUUGUCUCUUUUCGAAGCGAACAAAGACCGAAUUAUAAAUGCUGGAGCUAUAAAAUCAUUAGUGUAUGUUCUCAAGACGGGAACCGAAACCUCCAAGCAAAACGCGGCCUGUGCACUUCUGAGCUUAGCUUUGAUCGAGGAAAACAAGGCUUCAAUUGGAGCAUGCGGGGCGAUACCACCUCUGGUAUCCCUUCUUAUUAACGGAUCCAACAGAGGCAAGAAAGAUGCACUAACAACCCUUUAUAAGCUGUGUUCGGCCAGGCAGAACAAAGAAAGGGCGGUUAGUGCGGGUGCAGUUAGGCCCUUGGUGGGGAUGGUAGGCGAGCAAGGGACCGGAAUGGAAGAGAAGGCGAUGGUUGUCCUCAGUAGCUUGGCAGGAAUUGAGGAAGGAAGGGAAGCUAUCGUUGAGGAAGGUGGGAUUGCGGCACUGGUGGAGGCGAUUGAGGAUGGGUCUACCAAGGGGAAGGAGUUCGCGGUGUUGACACUGUUGCAGGUGUGUGCUGAUAGCAUUAGGAAUCGGGGGUUGCUUGUUAGGGAAGGUGGGAUCCCUCCUCUUGUGGCUCUUUCUCAGACUGGGAGUGCUAAGGCUAAGCAUAAGGCUGAAACUCUUCUUAGGUACCUAAGAGAAUCCAGACAAGAGCCUUUGUGUUUCAGUCCUUAGAGAAGAGAAGAGAUGAGAACUUUAAUUAGUAAUUGAGUUCUUGGUUGUCAGAUAGAGAUGUACAUAGCAUGUUAUACAUGGCAUCAACAUUCGAGACCUGCAGAAUGAAGGAAGAAUGUAUAGCAUAUGGUUUUCAUUUCCAAGCUGCCAAGGGGAUUGAUGCAGUAUUGUCGAGGGACUGUAUUUUGCAUUAGGUGGAUGCAUAUUGCGACAUCUUAGGACCCUUGAUCUUCUCCAAUUUGGUGUAAAGUCGUUUCAACUAUAUGGGAGAUUCACUUUCUUUUUGGUUCUUUUGUGUUAUUAUCAUGUAUUAGCUGGCAGGAGCGUGUUUUGUCCUACUGUACAAAGGAUUGUGAACUUGUAAUUGAUGGUCUAAUCUAUGCAUUCCAGUAAAUGAUUAAUCAAGAA